UUUUGGUAUUUACAUCUAAGUGAAAAAUGUCAAAAUUAGCUCACAUGUUAGGUCCUCUAUCGAUAUUUUGGUUUGUUUUUAUAACAAAUUUUUCAAUGAUUCAAGCCGAAUCCAAAGCGUUCUUCGUGUUCGGAGACUCGUUGGUGGACAAUGGCAACAACAACUACUUGGCCACCACUGCUAGGGCGGAUUCGCCUCCGUAUGGGAUUGACUACCCAUCCCACCGCCCCACCGGACGUUUCUCUAACGGCCUCAACAUCCCUGAUAUAAUUAGUGAAAAAAUGGGUUGGGAAGCUACAUUGCCAUACUUGAGUCCUGAGCUUAGAGGGAAAAAUCUACUAAUUGGUGCCAACUUUGCUUCUGCUGGUGUUGGAGUGCUUAAUGAUACUGGAUAUCAAUUUGCUAAUAUAAUUAGGAUAUACCAACAGCUUGAUUAUUUUGAAGAAUACCAGGAAAGACUAAAGGGACUAAUUGGCAAAGAAAAAGCCCGCAAACGUGUGAAAGAAUCACUUGUUCUCAUUACUUUGGGAGGAAAUGAUUUUGUCAAUAAUUAUUAUUUGGUCCCAUAUUCUGUAAGAUCACAACAAUACUCCCUCCAAAAAUAUGUGCCAUUUGUCAUCUCCGAAUACAAAAAGGUUCUGCAGAGACUCUACAAACUUGGACCCCGCCGGGUUCUAGUGACCGGGACGGGGCCGUUGGGGUGCGUCCCAGCAGAGCUGGCGCAACAUAGUCGAAGAGGCGAAUGCGCACAAGAAUUGAUGAAGGCUGCAUCACUAUUCAACCCUCAACUUGUUAAAAUGCUUACAAAGCUCAACAAUGAGUGUGGUAAAGAUGUAUUCAUUGCCGCCAACACUAAUCAAAUGCAUAUGGAUUUCAUCACCAAUCCUAAACAAUUUGGAUUUAGGACCUCAAAGGAAGCUUGUUGUGGACAGGGCCCGUAUAACGGGCUGGGCCUUUGCACGCCGUUGUCGAAUUUGUGUUCGAAUAGAGAUGAAUAUGUUUUUUGGGAUCCAUUCCAUCCAACUGAAAGGGCCAAUCGAUUGAUAGUCCAACAAAUCUUGGAGGGUUCAGAAAAAUAUGUUUAUCCAAUGAAUCUUAGUGCGAUUAUGGCUAUGGACUCAAGGGCUUGAGGCCCAUUUCGAGAAGCUUACUAUACUUGGGCCUAAAUUCAGCCCGAGUGUUAGUAAUAUUUGCAAGAUUUGUGUUGUGUUUUUCAUUUACGUAACCUCUCUAUUUGAUUGUUGUUGUAUGUCUAUUUCUAAAUUCGAUUGAUGUUGUAUUUGAAGUAUUUCUUUCUCCUAUAAUUGGUCCAAUGUUCACCAAUGGAUAAUGGAUACCACUUGAUUGAAGUUUUUCCAAA